AUGUCGCCUAACCACCACCUCCCCUUCGCCUUCCAGAAAGGAGGCAGCAUGCCUGAGACCACCCCGCCAGGUGAUAGCGGCUCCAGCCAACAGGCCACAUACAGUCCACCAACUCUUAGCGGCGUGGGUGCUCAGUUUCCCCAUGAAGGCCAAUUCCCGUCAAUGUAUGACUCAGCACCUGUCCCCUUGUCUGGUCAAGAGCAGGUUCCUCCUUCCAUGCCUGUCGAACACCAGGAGACACACACCGGUUAUCAGCAGCGCGAAAUGACGAUGAUCCGAGAGGAGCAGAGUGGGCAUGCUAUGGCUACAAUGCAGAGCUUGCAAGGAGCAACAAACUUCUACUCGCCAUCUUACCUCGAUCACGUCGAUGCUGAAACACGAUAUGCCUCUGGCUUCGUCCAAUUCAGCCAACCCGGAUCCUUCGGACGUCAAGAGCCAGCAGGCACGCUGCACUCUUCCAUCGCUCCAACUGCCAUCGCAUCGAGCCUGCCUCACCACGGCGGAGCGAGAGCGUUCACGUCCACGCAAGGCCGUCGGGAGGCCCCGUGGACAGAGCGGCACACCAACGUUCUCCGCCAAGGCAAACGAGCGGGUAAAUCGGUCCCAGCUAUCGUCAGAGAUCUUUACCACAUUGACGGCGUAGAAAGAACGCCCAAUAUGGUGUCGAAGAGAUGGGGGAAGAUAAGAGGAGGUUGUGUCAAGAAACACGAGAUGGACGCGAUUCUCCACGCCGUGUGUCCCGAAAUGGUCGACAAGGUCUAUGGCGAGCUGUCCAAUCUCGAUAUUGCCCGUGCGCCGGACUUUUGUGGCCAGCUGGCCGCAUCCGAAAACCGGGCGAGGGACAUCUUGCGGCACCACGUCGCUAAGGGCGUGCAGGAAGUCGUUCUGAAGCUCUUCAGCAACGACGUCUUGCACGCCGAGUAA